AUGUUCAAAAAACCAAGGUCAAGGCUGGUUCCAAGGGCGAGAGAAAAGUCACCUGAAGACAUAUCACAAACCACAUCUGAGAAAGGAGAGAGCACCGAAGAAUCACCAAUUGCUCUUUCAUCUAAACUCAAGAACAAGGCAAAGCGCACUAAGCCCAAGUCUACGCUCAGUUUCGGCGGAGACGAAGAGGCAGGAGAUGGGGAGGUCUUUCAAGUGAAGAAAUCAAAUCUUAGUCUAAAGUUGACCCUGGGUACCCAUCCUGCCAAUGUACUGCCUGUCUCGCUCGACCAGGCUACUAUCACCCCCCGUUCUAAUGGGGCGCCGGUAUAUGACCAGGCGUACCUCUCAGAGCUGAAAGCAAGCACGCCAUCGUCGCGUCGCGUCCCAGUCGCCGAGAGCUUUGAUGCAGAUGUUUCAAUGGACCCUGGUGAUAUUACUAUGGAGGCCACCGAUAUAUCGGUCGAUGUUGAAACAGUGAUUCCUUCGGAAUCAUCCAUACUUUCAGCUAAACAAAGACGGGAACGCAUGCGGACUCACGGUACAGAAGACGAUUUCAUAUCUCUUUCUGUCACGAAACGUGAUACCGUACCGCAGGGUCCACAUCCAGAAAGUCGGUUGAUGCGCGAAGAGGAUGAGCUUGGAGAAGGGGACGACGAGUACGCGGAGUAUACCAGCGCUCAAGAGCGUAUUGCACUUGGCAAGAAGUCACAGAAAAUCGAAGCUUCGAAACGCAAGGAUACUAUGCAAGAGUUGAUUGCAGAUGCCGAUGAGGAAGAUGAGGAGACCAUGGAAUGGGAAAGGGAACAAUUGCGGAGAGGCGGUCCAUUCGCUACUUCUCUUCCAACAUCAACUGCGAUACCCUCUCUUGGGCCGGCGAUGGACCGCCUGUCUCAGUCAUUGGCCGCAAUGACCACAUCGCAUGCAACGAACAUAAAGGCAAUGGCGACAUUGGUCGAUGAACGGGAACAGUUGGAUGUCCGCGAAACAGAGCUACGCGAGAUGAUUGCCAAAGCCGAAGCAAAAAGGUUAUGGUUCGCUGCAUUUAAGGAAUGGGUAGAAAGUGUGGCGACAUUCCUCGAUGAGAAGUUUCCGAAACUGGAGAAGCUCGAAGAUGAACAUAUUUCAGUGCUCAAGGAACGAUCUGAAAUGAUCGCUCAACGACGCCGAGCGGACGUUCAAGAUGAUUUAUCAUUGAUUUUCGGCACUCCUUCAGUGACCGCAGAUAAAUCUGAAGAGGUAGAUGACCUAGGGCGAGUUAUACCUCAAACAAACUCCGUUACUGCACGCCGCGAGCGACGAGCCGCACGAAUAACUCGCCGACUUCGCCGUCAACGUGAACGUGAAAGUAGGGCUAUCAGAACGCAGCCGGACCGAGAAGAGGGUUAUUCCACGGACUCCUCUUUACCUCCGUCGGAUGCUAUGGAUUAUCAAAGUGCCAUGGAGAGAAUAACCAGUGAUGGACGUGACUUGCUGUCUGAUGUGCAUGCAGCCGAGUUCCGGGAUCCGAGCUUGGGGUUGGUCAAGUGGUUUGGUGAAUGGCGCAGACGCUUUGGUGAUAGCUAUACUGGUGCAUGGGGUGGUCUCGGACUUGUUGGUGCUUGGGAGUUCUGGGUGCGACUAGAACUUCUUGGAUGGAACCCACUCGAGGUACUUUCGCGGACCUUAGAUGAAUCCUCAUGGUGUGCUUCACUACACGAUUACUCCCGUUCACACGGAGAUAAGGAUAGUGAUCUAGAGCUGGAUGGAGGUCUGAACGAAGACUUGGUUUCUGUGAUGAUCUCCACGGCCGUCGUGCCCCUCAUCUGCAAGGCACUCGAAGCUGGCAAGCAAGUAGAAGCUUCUAUUGGACAGGACAACCACAAAUUUCAGCUGAUACUGAAAUCAGUUUACUCCGUCUUUGAACGCUCUGUAUCAACAUCGGAGUCCCUGUUGGCUCCUUUUGUUGCACUCAACCGCCCGGUGUUUGAUCCGGAUGCCAUUGCUGCCCGUCGGCGUCUGCUUCGCCAUGCGUCCAAGUUUUUGGAUACGCUCAUUCAAUGGCGCAAGUAUACUGGUGAAAAAUUGGGCAUCGGCGACCUUUGCGUCAGACAUAUGAAUAACGUAGUUUUGCCGAUUGCCGAAGGCGGGUGGGAGGUCGGAGGAGAGGACAUAACUCGAGAGGUAAUUGACUAA